AUGGGACUUUCAGAUAUCAAAAAUGCCAUGAAGAAGUUGCAGGUGUCUUCCAAGGAGCCUUCCAAGCCUGCCGAUGACCUCUUUGCGAACCCAAUCGCAGUCGCCGAACCUGCCAAAAUCUUUGCUAGAGCCAAACACCAACAACCUCCACAAGGCUGUAAACAACUGGAAUGUGAUGCUCCCAUCCACACAAACAAUUUCUAUAACAAUUUGACGUUGGAGGACCAGACGUUCCCGGUGUGGACCCAACCGUACUCCCUUUGGUUGACGAAAGAUCCAGACCAAGAUGCUGGAUUUGCCUUCAACCACACCGAGGCGUCUCAGCGGGUGUUUGGUCCCGACCCAGGCUCGCAGCCGGCUCAGUACUAUUUCAAUCCUCCGCGAAUCAAGUCAUUUGUGGUGGGUGGUGAAGGGUUUGAUACUACAAACAUCCGCUUAUCUUUGGAAAAUCACUCCAAAAUGGCUGUCACCGCUGUUUUGAAGCGAGGAUCGGACUCGGGAAGCAUCCAGUUCCCCUUGGCCUACGGAAUGGGUUUUGUGACGGCAAUUUACAAUGGCAUCAAGCCAAUAAUUGCUUCUCAAGUUGGAGUUCAUCAUUUCGAUAAAAAAGGCUCGGUGGGAAGCGUCGACAAGUACCGGGUCGAAUUGUUCAACCAGGUGGUUUGGACGAUGUACGUUAGUGGGCAGAAGCCGGAGUUUUGCUUGAAGGACGGAAGAAUCGUGGGAAAUCUGUGUGGACAAUUCGUGGUGCAAAUUUGCCGGGGUGAAUCUAGUCACUAUGACGAAUCCGCCGGGACAUAUGCCACCAGUUGCACGCUCUCUGGGAAGGUGAGUUCAAAGGAUGGUAGAAGUUGCAAGUAUAACUUCAAGUAUGGAAUUGGGGGCAAUUCCAAGAGUAAUAAGCUUGUGAUCUGGUGUUUACCUCAUCACCAAGAAGCAUUGACCAAAGACACCAGAAACACCGAUACAAACAUGCGACUUGAUUCAACCACCAAGGGUAUUAUGCGGGCUUACUUGACCAAUGACUUGGCUAUGGAAGAAACGAAUUUACCUACUCAAAUAAACUGGGAACCAUGGUCCGAAGUGUCGAGCUUCAAAGGAGAAGCCAAGUACUCAAAGUCAGCUUUGGAUGCCAUAAGAAAUGCAGCGGAAAAAGAAGUGGACCAGGACGUUAUUGGAAUGGCUGAUAUCGAUUCCAUGUAUACGUCUGGAAAGAUCUUGGACAAGUUUGCCUAUAUUCUUUAUGUGUGCCAUUUUGUGUUAAAGGACGACAAACUAACUAAGAAGCUUUUCCCGCAGAUUACCAAGGCCAUUGAAAUCUUUUCAUCCAAUAAGCAGAAAUUCCCGUUGCUCUACGAUACAUCUUGGAAAGGGUUGAUUUCGUCUGCUGAUCCAGGGGCAGACUUCGGAAAUGCAAACUACAAUGACCACCACUUCCACUACGGAUAUCACAUCCAUGCCGUGGCCUUAGUAGCAUAUGUUGAUAAAUCCUUCAACGGCGGCAAAUGGUUUUCCUGUUCCAAUGUUAAGAACUACACUGAUACUUUGAUUCGUGAUGUUGCCAAUCCGUCGACCCAAGACCCGUUUUUUCCCCAGUUCAGAAGUUUUGACUGGUUUCACGGCCAUUCGUUUGCCCAUGGGAUUUUUGCUUCCGGGGAUGGCAAAGAUGAAGAGUCUUCAUCGGAGGACUAUCACUGCUACUACGGAAUGAAGUUAUUUGCUAAGAUCACGGGCGAUGCGGCGAUGGAGAGCCGGGCAAACUUGAUUCUUUCCAUCAUGAGACGUAGUAUGAACAUGUACAUGCUUUACUCCGAUGACAACCAAAUCCAACCACCGAACUUCAUUGGCAAUAAGGUGGCGGGGAUUUCGUUUGAAAACAAAAUCGAUUUUGCCACGUACUUCGGCAGAGGAACCAUUGGCAACGAAUGGAUCCAUGGUAUUCAUAUGUUGCCUAUUACCCCAAUGUCGUCAUACAUUCGUGGAGAAAAAUUUGUUCGCGAAGAGUGGCAGCAGAUUUUGCAGCCGAUCGUCGAGCGCAUCCCCGACGGAUGGAAAGGAAUAUUGAUGCUCAACCUUGCAUUAUGUGACCCCAAACUGGCAUGGAAAUGGUUUUCAGGUGAUGACUGGAAUGAUGCGCUUAUUGAUAAUGGAAUGUCUAGAACUUGGUCGCUUGCUUACAUUGCUGCCGUAGGUGGUAUUUAAUUAGUAAUAUAGCCGGGUAAAAAGCAAAAGUUCUGCGCGUUCCUGUUCGGUGUUUGAGAGAGACGGCCGAAGCAAUUCAGUAUAAAUGACGUGCGCCGCUUCUAUGAAUUGAAAUCCUAACAUCGAACUCCAACCUCAUUGCUUCGACAAAAAUGCCAUCUGUACUUAUUGCCCUCCCAUCUUACCACGGACCUUUCUUCAACGAUGGUACCACCACCGGUACCUUCGCGGUCGAAGUCAUCCACCCAUUCGAGGCUUUCAAAGCCAAAGGGUACGACAUUGACUUUGCUUCAAGAACCGGUUCCUUCGGCUAUGACGACCAUUCUCUUACCGAAGACUUCCUCAAAGGUGAUGACAAGGCCAUUUUGGAAGACCCCAACUCCGAAUAUAAUAUCACUCUUAAGAAAAUCAAGAAGGCCUCGGAUGUAAAUCCUAAAGACUACGACAUUUUCUUUGCCGUUGGGGGCUACGGAGCAAGUUUCGACUUUCCUACUGCCACCGAUGUGGUGAAGGUGGCGGAAGACAUUUACGCCAACGGUGGUGUUGUUGCAGCUGUUUGUCAUGGUCCAGCUAUUUUCACCAAUAUGAAGGAUCCUAGUACCGGAAAGCCACUUAUUGCUGGUAAGAACGUCACGGGAUUCACUGAUGAAGGAGAAAAGUUGUUUGAUACCGACAAACCUUUGGUCAAGUACAACCUUGACACCAUGGAGGGUGUUGCCAAAAAGACAGGUGCUAACUUCAAGUUACCAGGUGCUCCAUUUGAUGAUUUUACUGUUACUGACGGUAGAGUGGUGACGGGGGUUAACCCUGCAUCUGCUGGGUCUACCGCCCGGGCUGCCAUUAUUGCUUCUCAACAGUAGCUAGUUAGGAUUGAAUAAAUAUUGACUUUCGGAGUUUAUGUGAAAUUGGGUGAGGUGAUGGGGGCUUAAGUAGCGCGGCCGAUGUCCUAUAACCGAUAUGAAUUACUAUGUAAUUUUAGCCCAAUUUAUAUAAUGAAUGUUAGCUUAUUAGAUGAACAAGGAUAACACCGAGACCAAAGCAAGGAAUGACACGGAGUACUUUGAGGCAGCGCCUUCGUAGGUUUGACUGACAGUU